CCCCUCCCCCCCUCUCACCCGCCGCCUGUCCUGAGCCAUAACCGGAUCAGCGUCUCUCCUCAGCCUCUCCGGUCCUUCAGCCGACCUGACACCGGCCAGCUCUCAGCAGACAGCCUUGUGACUUCAAGCUCCAGUCACCAUGGGAAAGGAGAAACUCCACAUCAACAUCGUUGUGAUCGGUCACGUGGACUCUGGCAAGUCCACCACCACUGGCCACCUCAUCUACAAGUGCGGUGGCAUCGACAAGAGAACCAUCGAGAAGUUUGAAAAGGAAGCUGCGGAGAUGGGAAAGGGGUCAUUCAAGUAUGCCUGGGUGUUGGACAAACUGAAGGCAGAAAGGGAGCGUGGCAUCACCAUCGACAUCUCACUCUGGAAGUUUGAAACCAGCAAGUACUAUGUGACCAUCAUAGAUGCCCCAGGUCACAGGGACUUCAUCAAGAACAUGAUCACUGGCACCUCGCAGGCAGACUGUGCCGUCCUGAUUGUGGCAGCUGGUGUGGGAGAGUUCGAGGCGGGGAUUUCCAAGAAUGGACAAACCCGCGAGCAUGCCCUCCUGGCCUAUACUCUCGGGGUAAAGCAGCUCAUUGUGGGCAUCAACAAGAUGGACUCCACCGAGCCAAACUACAGCCAGAAGCGCUAUGAGGAAAUUGUGAAGGAAGUCAGCACCUACAUCAAGAAGAUUGGCUACAAUCCAGACACUGUUGCUUUUGUCCCCAUUUCAGGCUGGAAUGGAGACAACAUGCUCGAGCCCAGCCCCAAUAUGACAUGGUUUAAGGGCUGGAAGAUCAGCAGAAAGGAAGGCAAUGCAUCAGGAACCACACUACUGGAGGCUCUGGAUGCAAUCCAGCCCCCUACUCGCCCAACAGACAAACCUCUACGUCUGCCCCUGCAAGAUGUCUACAAGAUAGGAGGUAUUGGAACAGUGCCUGUAGGUCGUGUGGAAACUGGCUUAUUAAAGCCUGGGAUGGUGGUGACGUUUGCCCCUGUUAAUGUGACAACUGAGGUGAAGUCUGUGGAGAUGCACCAUGAAGCUCUGACUGAAGCCCUGCCUGGAGACAAUGUGGGCUUUAACGUCAAGAAUGUGUCUGUCAAGGAUAUCCGCCGUGGCAAUGUGGCUGGCGAUAGUAAGAAUGACCCGCCACAGGAAGCUGCCAACUUCACCGCUCAGGUGAUCAUCCUCAAUCACCCCGGCCAGAUCAGUGCUGGCUAUGCUCCCGUGCUGGACUGCCACACUGCCCAUAUUGCCUGCAAGUUUGCAGAGCUCAAGGAAAAGAUUGAUCGCCGCUCUGGCAAAAAGCUGGAGGACAACCCCAAAUCCCUGAAGUCUGGAGACGCUGCCAUCGUAGAUAUGGUUCCUGGAAAGCCAAUGUGUGUGGAGAGCUUCUCUGAGUACCCUCCACUGGGUCGUUUUGCUGUGCGUGACAUGCGGCAGACUGUGGCUGUUGGUGUGAUUAAAGGUGUGGAGAAGAAGGUCCCCACCACUGGUAAAGUCACCAAGUCUGCCCAGAAGGCCCAGAGGAACAAAUGAAUGUUGUGCUACUCUGCCGACCCCAAGGUCUUCCAUGGCAGGACAUCAGUCAUCCACCUCCAUCCUGCAAUUGGCUGCUUCAACUUAAUAAUCAAAGACUGGUUAAUCAUCACAAUGCAUCGCAAAAGCAUUAGAAGGAAAAACAAACAAAAAAAAACUUUUCAAUCUUAAGUCUUUGAGGCGGCACUCUUGACUCCAUUUCAGUGGUUAGAUUAUCACUAAAUACAAUGUAAUACCUAAAAGAUAGUUUCAAAUCUGAUUUGGUUCGUGGCAGUACCUUUCUUUGAAACUGAGAUUUGAACAAUUAGAGAUAUUGUGAUUCAUCACCUUUCUGGCUCUCUGGAGUGUGGUUCUCUUUGCAUAGUACGUGUGGUCCUGCUUUUAGUGUUUGUUUGCAACAACAUGGUGCUUGGUAGAAGCCCAUGGCAAGAAGUUUAAAACUAUGUUCUUCAGAGUAGUUGAUGAGUAGAAUAUUUGUGUUUAAGCUUUAAAAACACUUGAAACUAAAGGUCUAAUUUGUCCUUCUUUAGGGACUCAAAGUAGACCAAUCGUUGAUUGUUAAAGCACUUUGAUUGGCUAUUUGCUAACUUCGCACUGGCACUGGAGAAGUUUAAAUUGGCAUAAGCUACUGCACCUUAUUCUAAGAUGGCAUGAGCCUCUUUGCAACAUUAAACAUAUUUCAACCAAAA